AUGAGGGUGCAGAGUCACAUAGCAUACCUUGCCGCGAGCCUUUUGUCGCUUCCCCUCCUCUCAGAAGGGUAUCAAUGGCCUGACCCGAUUGAUGCUAUCGAAGAGCUGUACUCUGUCACUGACGGUCUUGGAGCCAGCAAUGUCGUGUUCCCGAUCACGCCGUGCGGCUUCUCCCCACUCAGCACCAGUGGCAGGCAGGCCGCUGCUGAAUGGAUUCGAACCGCAUAUCACGACAUGGCUACGGCAGACGCAGCUGCGGGCACUGGUGGAAUCGACGCCUCUCUCGGUUUCGAGACGGAUCGUGGAGAAAACGUCGGCCCCGCCUUCAACACCACCAUGGGCUUCCUCGCUACGUUCCAGAAUAGCCACGCAUCGUUGGCCGAUCUCAUUGCUCUCGGCACGGUUCUCUCUGUCCGUAUCUGCUCCGGCCCCUCUGUUCCCAUGCGCGUUGGUCGCGUCGAUGCCACUAGCGCCGGUCCCUUUGGUGUCCCCGAGCCCCAGCAGGAUCUCUCGUCGCACACGGCGUCGUUCGCGAAGCAAGGUUUCAACGUCAGCGAGAUGAUCGGUCUCGUAGCGUGCGGGCACACGAUUGGCGGUGUCCACGAGACAGAAUUCCCGACCGUCGUCACCGGAUUGAUCAACUCUGACAACAACACGAGCGGGAUGCAGCAUUUCGAUGACUCGUUCUCGAAGUUUGAUAACCACAUCGCGGUGCAGUGGGUCAACAGCAGCACUUCCGACGACGCACUCGCCACCGGUUUCAACACCACGAUGGAUUCUGACGCACGCAUCUUCGCCGCCGACAACAACGCGACCAUGCGCGACCUCGCCUCCAGCAACGACGUCUUCAACAACCGCUGCGGAGAACUCCUCGGGCGCAUGCUCGACACCGUCCCCAAGGGCGUGACGCUGACCGACCCCAUCGCCCCCGUCCCCGUCAAGCCGUGGAACGCGCAGUUGAGCAUCGACAGCAACGGGAAUAUCCAGUUGGAAGGUAACGUCCGGAUCUUCUCUUCGGACCCUGCGGAGACCUUCGAUGGCUACACGGUCAACAUCGCCUGGACAGACCGCAACGGCGCGUCGUGCGACGGCUGCACCGCACCCGCGACGUUCCAAGGGACUUCUAGCGGCACGAUCUGGGACGGCGCGGUCCGGUUCUUCCACUUCAACACCACGAUCGACCCCGCCGUCGGCUUCUCCGCCUUCACGGUCCAGUUCUCGACCACCGCCGGGGGCGUGGUGACCACAGCAGACAACAACGGCGCGGGCUUCGCGAUCAGCGAUGGCGUCAUGGUGCAGCCCGCGACCAGCUGUGUCAUGUCUGACGGCACCGUCAAUAUCGUCGCUGCGGUGCGCAACGACCAGACGGUCUCGUCCGCGUCAGUCAGCUUCACCUCCGCCGAGACGCAGGUGGGCUCGGUCGGCCGUCUGAUGGUGCCGUCGACGGCGAGCCUGACGCGGACCACGAGCUCCGCGUCGAGCCUGUACGACCUGUACUCCUCGCAGUUCGUCGUUGGGAUCGCCGCCAGCUCGUCGUUCGACCUCUCUGUCGACCUCGGGGGCACGACGCACACGGACGCGUUCAACCUUGUGAAGAACCUCAACAGCUGCUGAUUCUAUCAUUAUUGUUAUUGUUUUUUUUCGGGAAGGAUCUUCGAUUUCGAGCUUGUAGUAGGGAUUCUUGUACGUUCAAAAGGGCUCUUGUUAUGGCAAUCUGUAAAUAGUCACCAGU